GCUUGUUUGCUUUUACGCAGCGCACGUACGCGUUAGUAUUCUGCGAAAGUGUGUUUUAUUUUGAAAUAGUGAAUAAAUAUGAAUUCGUUCGACUACAGGCUAAUUAAAAGCGUUAAGCACCACAAUUGUAUAUACAAAAAAGGCCAGUCACCAAUUCUCUCGCGACCGGAAAGGGAGCAGGCUUGGAUUGCAGUGGCUAGAUUUUGCCAAAAACCAAUUAGGCAAUGCCAAAUUAGAUGGAAGACCCUACGAGAUCGGUAUGUGCGGGAAAUUAAAAGGCCCACAUCUGCCAACGGCAUUGUACACUUGUCCGAGCAACUGCACUUUCUCAGGGAUCACAUAAGGCCAAGAAGAAGAAAACAUAGAAAUAAAACCACCUACGAAACCGACGAAAGCAAUCCCGAAGACGACUCUUUAUUAAAGGGAAAACACGAGGAGUGUAAAUUGUAUACAAAAGGUACAAUUACAUCGCACGAGACCGUAGAAAACAAUUUAGAAGAAGACUCUUCACUGAGAGCAAACCUUAUUGAGCAAGUUAAACAGGAGUUGUUAAUUGAAGAUGACGAAGUCAAACAGGAGGAGUUAUUACUUGAGUGCGAAACCGAAGUGGAUUUUCUUCUAGAUAGUUCCAGCGCAGAGUUCUUAGAGCAGGAAUCAAUUGACAAUGAAAUGCCCAAAGAACGCCCCACAAAAUCCCGCAAUAAUUCCAACUCCCAGGGGGAUCUGAAUCAGGCUCAGUCCAAGUUCCUCAGGGUAAUGAAUCUUAUCGAGAAUGCUUUGAAGGAGCAGCCAGCGGAACCCCAGGAUCACUUCUAUAAAUAUCUGGAAAGUAUCUUGAGUGGCGUUGCGGAAAGCUUCCGCAGAGAUAUACAACUAAAAGUGCUUAAUCUAGUCAAUGAGGAAGUCAAGCGGGCAGGAUACACUUAAAUUUAUGCAACAAAUACUUGAUUAAUAUAGGAAUACCUACCCGUGUG